GGCAAAUUGGGAGUUGGUGUUAGUGUUGUUGAUUACAGUGUAAGAAAAAAAAGAGAGAGAUGAUUCUAGAGUGGUUCCUCUACGUCUUCUCCCCCAAAUCCUCUCGCUAGGGUUUCAGAUUCUCCCCCUCUCGAUCCAUAAUUCUACCUGAAGAGGCUUACAAUCAAGUGAGCUGAAGCUUCUUCUUAGGGAUUCAACCAAAAGAUUUCAUUGUUUUUGUGGUCUUAUUUGAGAAAGCUGAGGAUGUCAAGCGGUCGAAAUACUCACUGGUGUCACAGAUGCCAACGUGCUGUCCGGCUUCAUGGCCGAGACCCUCUAUGUUCUUAUUGUGGAGGAGGAUUUGUUGAGGAGCUUGACAUGCCUCAAGCCACCCCAUUUGAUAUGUUUAGAUCUCACAGGGAUGUUGUACAACGUGAUCCCACUUUUGACCUCAUGGAUGCUUUCUCCGCCUUCAUGAGGAACCGAGAUAUCAGAGGAAGAGCCGUCACUUCUCGUCCUGAAAGCUUUCCAGGUCUUGCUCCUUUGUUGAUCUUUGGUGGUCAGGUCCCUUAUAGACUCUCUGGAGACAAUCCACUCGAAGCUCUCUUCAACGGUGGCUCACAUGGCAUUGGCAUCACACGUGGUAACAACACUGGCGACUAUUUCUUCGGCCCUGGUCUUGAAGAGUUGUUUGAGCAGCUUUCGACGGGUGCUACUCGACGUGGCCCACCACCUGCUCCGAGAUCUUCAAUAGAUGCAUUGCCAACCAUCAAGAUCGCGCAGAGACAUCUUAGAUCCUCGGACUCAAACUGUCCUGUGUGCAAAGACGAGUUCGAGUUGGGAGCAGAGGCGAAACAGAUGCCAUGUAACCACAUCUAUCAUUCUGACUGUAUCGUCCCGUGGCUGGUUCAGCACAACUCAUGCCCUGUCUGUCGCCAAGAGCUACCUUCAUUAGCUAGAGGAGCUUCGAGCAGUGAAAACAGAAGUACCACAACCAGAAACCACAGAAGUAGUAGUAGUAGUAGUAACAGUCGUGAGAGUAGCAAUGAAAGGAGGAAUCCUUUCUCUUCCUUGUGGCCAUUUCGUUCGUCUGGAUCAAGCUCAAACAGCAACACUCAAAACCGUGGAGGCACGAGAAACUCUGACACAACUGAUGAGAACCAUAACUAUCAUCACCAGCAUCAGCAACAACAGUCACAUAUGGGUUACGGUGGCUGGCCUUUUGAUUACUAA